CCAAUGGGCGCGGGAUGGCGGGCGGGCGGGCCUGGCGGCCGGGGGCUCGAGGACGCUAGCGGGAGGCCGGCCGGCCAGACUGACGUUUGGCUGCAACGCGGGAGGCGCGUGGCGGGGAUGGCGCUGGCGCGGGCCUGGAAGCAGAUGUCCUGGUUCUACUACCAGUACCUGCUGGUCACGGCGCUCUACAUGCUGGAGCCCUGGGAGCGGACUGUGUUCAAUUCCAUGCUGGUUUCCAUCGUGGGGAUGGCACUGUACACAGGAUACGUCUUCAUGCCUCAGCACAUCAUGGCGAUACUGCACUACUUUGAAAUUGUACAGUGACCAACAUGUGACCAAGUCAAGAAGCUCCUUAGGGAAGACCCAUCGCCUGAAUUUGGAAAGAGACUUCAUCAGAUGUCAUAAGAAACUCUCCUAGAUGUCAACAUAACCAACCCUAUGAAUAUAAGGACUAAAAUUCAUGAGUAGAACAGGAAAGCGAUCCUGACUCAUGUGUUGUGUUCUUUAUUUUUAAUUUUAAAAGAGGCUCUUGUAUAGUAAUUUUUGUCUAUUUUAACAUUGUAGUCAUUUGUACUUUGAUAUCAGUAUUUUCUUAACCUUUGUGACUGUUUCAAUAUUACCCAGUGAAAGCUUUUCUUAAUGUAACUUUGAGUACAUUUUAAUUGCCUUCUAUUUCUAAAACCUAAAGUCAUUGGUUGGGCUUUACUGUUCUUGCUAUUGUAUGGCAUACAUAUCUGCCUGGAAAUAUUUAUACUCUUGACCAAAGUUUUGUAAGAAAAAAAUUCAAGAUUUGGGGCAAGGGGGCCGGGGAGGGAGGACAUUUUAUUGAGAACUAUUUACAAAAGACUUAUCUGUAAGUUUGAACUCAGGAGUACAGUUUUAGUUAUCUGGACUCUUAUCAGCUUUUGCUUUAAAACUAUAAAGUGUUUCUUAAUGAAAAAGGAAGAUCUUGCUAAAGUUAAAAUAAGGAACAUUUCACCUUUUAAAUAUUUAAUUCAUGUGUGAACUUAUUUCCAGAAAACUUUGAUGAUGGUUCUUGUGACAAAUGGUGGUUAAGCAGCGUUAUUAUGGAAGGCUUAUAUACCAUAGAGUUUUUAACAGAAGGUAAUGAGCUUCUUCUGAGGGCAACUAGUAGCACUGUACUUCCUUAAAGUAAUGGGUGCUGCAAAUGCAUUUGCACAUUGCAAUAUGAUGAGAUGAAUUGUUAAAAACUAUAACAAAAAGAAAUGUAAACUUGGUUAAAAUCUGCUCACUCUUUGUAUUGUUUUUUUUUAAAAAAAGAUUUUUAUUCCGUAAAUGUAAGAUGACUACCUAAUUUUUUGAUGUAAACUCAUUAAAUUCGAAGAGAGAAAAAUCA